GCGUCGAUCGCGGAGCCCCAAUGAGGUACGUUUGCGUAUGUAGUCAAGACAUAAUAUGGCCCUGCAUACCGUCAUCUCGUUCCUGCAGAUCUUGUUAGACGCUUCGCUUGGAGACCAUGAUGUCGUUUAUAGAAAGCGAGUUAUCGAGCACAUGGACGAGCUCCACCAUUGCACAAGGCCGGAAAUCUCCGAAUGCCUGCAGGCUGCUUUGUGGCUGUGUGAUAAGAUCCCGUGAGUCACGCUGCCACGCUCGAUCCUUAAACAUUCAUGAGCGCGAUCAGAGUCGGCGUUAUCACAGUCAGCGAUACAGCGUCGGUGGACGCAGCUGCAGACAAAUCUGGUCCAACCAUCCAGGAGAUCGUUCGCCAACGGGGGCAUGGUUGCGUACGCUCGACCAUUCUUCCAGAUGAUGAACGACAAAUAAGGGAGACAGUCAAAAACUGGUGCUAUGAUGUCGAAAAUACUGUUGACUGGAUCAUCUCCACUGGGGGAACGGGAUUCGGCGUGCGCGAUCGGACACCCGAAGCGAUUGCCCCUUUAUUGGAGCGCGAAGCAGCUGGAAUCGUUCAUCUACUGCUAGCCGAGUCGUUAAAGCGCACUCCGCUGGCAGCACUAUCUCGACCUGUCGCAGGUACAGUGGGAAAUACUCUUGUCGUCACACUGCCAGGCAGUGUGAAGGCAGUCAAAGAAAAUCUGGAGGCUCUUUUUGCAAAUGGCUUCAUUGAACAUGCCAUCGAUCUCAUCAGAGGGGGAACUGGCAAGCAGGUGCAUGCUGCUAUGGGCUCGGGACACGGCGGAGUUCCGCAUCACCACCACCACCACCACCAUCAUGAUCACCACGUGCCCCAGCCUCGGGCAAUUUUAUCUCAUGAUCCUUCUUUACCUGUUUAUGCUCGUCAUCGCGUUUCACCAUAUCCGCAAAUAUCCCUCGAGGACGCUUUGAAUAUAAUCGUGAAUGAAAUACAACCACUGGGCGUGGUAUCUCUUCCUGUGACACCUGCACUGGCUGGUAACAUUCUCGGCGAAGAUGUCCAUGCACCGCAAAAUGUUCCUUCAUCCAAGACCACCAGCGUAGAUGGUUAUGCGCUUCGCUCGUCUGACCCUCCUGGAACGUACAAAGUUUUGACUUCUAGAACUCACACACUGGCCGAUGUUCUUCCUGAGGGAUGGAUUUUUCGAAUCAACACGGGAGGGCCCCUCCCAGCAGGAACUGAUACAGUGAUCAUGGUUGAAGACACUGAGCUACUAUCCACCGCCAAGGACGCUGAUGGACAGGAUGCAGAAGAAAAAGAGGUGAAAACACUCGUACAGGUCCCGCCAGGCGACAAUAUCCGAGAACCGGGCUCUGAUGUGCACAAGGGCGACCUUGUGCUUCAGAGAGGCGAGGUCUUAACAAGUCUCGGAGGCGAAGUUGGGACCCUAACGUUUGUCGGGCGAAAAGAGGUCAAAGUGCAUCGCAAGCCUGUCGUCGCUAUUCUGAGUACGGGAAACGAGCUUCUAGACCUCCAAUCUCCUAACCCACUUCCCUCUGAUGGUUGGGGAGGCAUUUGGGAUACAAACCGACCAUCGCUACAGGCAGCCCUCGAAGGAAUGGGAUAUAAUGUUGUUGACCUUGGAAUUGUUGCCGACGAUAUCGAUGCACAUGUGAAGGCAAUAAAACAAGGUCUCGAAAGUGCCGACCUUUUGCUUACGACAGGCGGGACAUCCAUGGGAGCAAGCGACCUUCUCAAGCCUGUGAUCGAACGUCAGUUCGGGGGUACGGUCCAUUUUGGACGGGUGUCAAUGAAACCCGGCAAGCCAACUACGUUUGCGAGUAUCCCGACUGCGGGAGGAGAACACAAGAGAAAAUUCAUGUUUGCUCUCCCGGGUAACCCUGCCUCUGCCCUGGUUACAUUCUAUGUCUUUGUCAUACCAGCGUUGCGGAAGCUUGGCGGUUGGCCUGGUGAAAGAUGCCACCUACCACGUGUACGUGUGAAGCUGAGUGAUGCCAUGCGACUGGACUCUCGUGUUGAAUUCCAUCGUGUGAUCGUGAAAGCCGAGGAGGAAGGUCUACGAGCAACGAGCACAGGUGGCCAAAGAUCGAGUCGAGUUGCAAGCCUGAGCGGAGCAAAUGGCCUUGUGCGACUACCAACCAAAAGGGAGGGUGGGCCAGAUAGAUUGGAAGCUGGGAGUUAUGCAGAUGUAGUAACGUUCAUAGUAAUGAAAUCAGGCUCAAGUCCUGUAGGAAUUUGUGUUGCUACAUUACUGCAGCCCGUGGCUUAAGGGGGGCAAUAGCGUCAUUUGGCGCACCUACCGCAUCGGCAACACCGCGAUACAUAUCGCUAGCAGAUAUACACCGCUUUCUCGCUGGAAACGUCAACAGCUUCGACAAUGGUCAACGCAGCUUUCUAGCUGCGCCAAAUCAAAUUUAGUGAGUAACGGGGCGUGACA